AGAAAUAAAUCGUUGCUUGGCAAGGAUAGUUGCGUCGUCUGCCGAUAUGACAAAGUUGAUAUCACUGUGAUAUUGUGUGUAAUCAGAAAUAUACUUCCGGUUGGGAAGGCGGUGAUUGCUUGAAUGUCUGUUUACAUCGUACAAAUCUUAAAAGUGUUCCGAGAUACUUAGUAGCAAGAUUUGCCCUGCUAUUUGAUGUUUAUUGUUUCUACAGUAGCAGUUUUUGCUGUCAUUUAAGUUACACUGUAGUAGUAAAAUGAGUGCUGUAAAUUUUACAUCGCCGAAACCAGUACUGCGUGAUAACCGAAAGAAUUUUGAUUCCAUGUCACUGAUGGACAGUGACAGUGUUUGCUCCCAAGAGAAUUUUGCGGCGAAUUUGGUGUACGAGUUUCUCCGUAGCUACGAAUUCAAGGAAACCGUGACCAGCUUCGUAGAAGAAUGUAACAAUAUGGGUUUUGUGCUCAAUGAACCGACCACACUGAAAGAAAAAAUACAGAGGCAGGAUGUUUGUAAGAUCCAGAAAGUUUUCCUUGAAAACUCCGAUAUGGAAUUUUUCAAUGCUUGGAAUACUCUCAUACCACCAUCAAUAAAAAGUAAACUUGAAUACAGAAAACUGACUUUUUACCUUCAUGUCUAUUUUGCAAUAAUACCACUAAUUUUGGGCAAGACAAAGAAAAUGGAAGAUCCUUCUAACACAAAUUUUUGUAAUGAGAACUCUGGACGUAAAGGAAUUGCUGUGGAGCAUGAAAAUAAUUGCAGUGAUGCCAGAGUAGAAGACAAAAGUGAAAAUGAAAUAAAUAAGAGUCACAAUGUGAAAGAGAAUUUUAUGUCUUUGGAGAACACAGAUACAAUAACGGAAUGUGGUGAUCAGAUGGAGUGCCGGCUUACAAAUGAAAUUAAAGAUAUGGAUGUUAAAAGUGACAGUUCUGUUGUGGCUAAAAAAGGGGAGUUUCGUAACCUGGAACUAAUCUCUGACAAUUGCUAUGAAAAUGAAAGUGUUAGCAGUGAAUCUGAGAUGAACAGUUACAAUGGGCAAAGUGGAAUGACUGCCUUAAAAAACUUUUUGGAAACCGAAGGAUGUGAAUUUAGUGGUGAAACAGAAUUUCUUCGAUUCUAUGCACUUCCAUAUGUUAAUGAUCCAAAGUCUCAUCCAUCAUUCCAGAAUCUAUUUACAGUGAGUAGAUAUACACUGUGUGGACUUAAUUCUUGUUUUGAUAAUGUACUGAGUAUUGGGGCUGUGUGUAAAGUACAUUGUGGGAUUACUGCGAUUACACGGUGUGUCAAAUCAUUUGUUGCUGGUAUCACACUACUGACUGUUAAACUCCACAUAGCUUUAAUUGUUGUAUUAAAUCCCACUAGCACAUUAGACCAGUUGAAACUUGCAGUGCGUCAUCGCAGGAACUGCCUUGCACACUGGAUGACAUCGGAGGGGUCAUCAAUAAAGUGUGUGACGGGCUUGAGCAAAAACAUCUCAGCCAGAUUCUAUACAGCACAUCAACAGGGGUCCAAGCAUGUUACAGUGCAUGAGGAUACAUGGAUUUCAGACCUAAGAGCCAAACUCAAUCAGUUCCUGUUUGAACAUAGCUGUGGACCAAGUGUUGCACCACAGUUAUUACAAGUAUGCAAUGUAUUCCACAACCACAAGGAAAACAGCAGAGGGACCACACAGUCUGUGCUACUUUCCAAAUACCAAAAGUUGCGGCGAAACUAUAACAGCUUGCGAUCAGAUCAUCAUAAUCUAAUUGGUGUGGCAGCUGAACUAACAGAUGCUUUGGAAAAAUCUGUGACUGGACAAGAGGUUGACUUAGAAAUGACAUUAACAAACUGUACAAAAAUAUAUCCAGAACUUUUCAAGAAUGAUUUGAAAAUUAGAAAUCAUCCAUAUUUGGAACCUGCACUUGGAGAAAUACAUAGACCUUCAGUUUCCCAAGGAAAAGAAAUUUCUUUGUCAAAUAUUAUGACACACUUUGAACUUGACUUCAAAAAAAUAAAACACCAUUUGUCAUCGGGAAGUGUUAAAACCAAACUGCUGCUUUUACAAGCCCUUCGUUGGCGUAUCACACAAAAUUCUCUUGAGGAACGUGAAGCAGCACUGGGAGCAUAUUCUCGACAUGAUAUUCUCUCUUUGCGACUGAAUCGGUGUCAGCUACUGGCAACACAGCUUAUACCAACAGAUGUAGCUACACCACAUCCACUUCAGCAGGCAGCUGCAAGAUUAUUAAAUACUCUGGCAUCACUUCAUACAGGAAGGGAUUAUCUCUGUUCAGCUGGACGCCCUCUUAUUGAUACUGUGAUUGAAUGUAUCUCAGGUCACAAUCCAGCAGUUAAUGUUGAUACUGUCACAACAGACAUGCUGCUAGCUGCAUUGCAAAAGCUGUCACUCAGACGAGAACAAAGAAUAUUCAUGAUUGAUGGGGGUCUAGUGGAGUGGCUGGUGCAAAGACUGGAAGCAACUCAGCAUACACAAAUGCGAUCCUAUGCUCUUGAGUAUACCAUGGCGCUGUUCAUGAAUCUGUGCCUUCACCGACAAGCCAGAGAGCGUUGUGUGCCCUUUGCAAGGCCAUUGGUUGAAAUACUUGCAUCCUAUCUUGGCAAUAGCUUGCUUAAGCCUACACCCUACGUGACUGGGACACUAUACAGUUUACUGGCAAACCAUCAGAUUAACCAAGAAGCGAAGAGAAGUGGACUUUGUGACAUUUUGGAGCGUUUACAGAAGCAAAGCACAGGAGAAGUGCAACAUCAGUUGGAAUGCCUUCUCAAACGUCACAAGGACCUUCUGCCUGACCAGUAUACAUCUAGUGAAGAGGAGAUCACCGAUGAUGACACAGUAGAGCUUGACUUGUUAGAAGAUGAACUUGAUGCAGAUGAUCCAGUGACAAACAUUCAUGGUGAACUAUGUGGUGAGGCUCUUUUGUAUCAACAAUAUCGUCAACCAUUUCCUCGUCAUGGUUUGGUUUUGCCAUCAAAUACAUUACCUCAUGCAGGAGAACCUGUUUUUCGUGCUACCACACCCCAGCUGCAGCGGUCACAGGCACUCAGUCAUCCAUCAAAUGCGCUGAUAUUAGAGAACAUUGACUCAGCAACUGAUGGGGAAAGCACAAAGGAAGUUGUCACAUUUAAUGACAUACUGUCUGGUCCUCUUCAGAUGGCUGUACUUGGCUCAGAAGUGGCACAUUCAGCAGUACAAGGAACAACAGUAGCAGAAGAUUGUUCAUCUGUCUGUGAAGAACGGGAAAAUGAAUUUACAAAAGCUUUCACGUCCCGUCCACGUAUACCUCGGACACCGUCAACAGGGAAACCUUCUUAAACAGAAUUACUUUCCAUGCUAAAGAAUGGCUGUUAUCGGAUCAGGAAUUAGCAAAUGUAACUGUUUUUAUCUGAUUAGUUCCUGAAAUAUUUCUGUGCAUUUUAAAAGUUUACCACAGAAAUUUUGAAAUUCAGGAAUGUAAUGUAUCUUUUAUAUUGAUGUGGGAAAAAUUGUAAGGUUUUAUGUACAUUUAUGUUAUUAGAUAUUUUGUGUUACUAAAUCCAAAUCUGAGUGCCUUAUAUGGAAUGCAGUUUGUACCAUUAUGUAUGAAGUAAACAUAAUUUUUAAAGGUUUUUAUCAUUUAGAGGUUAUAUGAUGUAUCUGUUGCAUUUAGGUGCAACUAUAAUUUCUUAGAGUUAAAGCUUAUUCAUCCAAAACUCUCAUUUGGGAACUGCACAUAGAAUGAUCCCAUGUAGGCAUGAUGAUGAUGCACAUAGAAUGGUUCUGUGUUCUGCAGCAGAGUGAGCUGCCACCAAGUAGUUCAGUCCCACUCACUUUGUUGGCCAACUCAGGUACAGGAGUGUUUUAUUUGGUCCAGCCAGUUGCCAGCCCAGCCCUUGGCCCCCCACACCGGGCAGACUGCAUUGCAAACAGUGGGAAGAAAGUACAAAAUAUAUGGACAGGGCACACUACCACAAGAGCACAUGGUACACACGCCACACUAUUUGUUUGGUGUGGUUUGCACAUCCUGCCAUCACCUGUUCUCACUUAAAUAUGAACUUUAAAAGAGGUACAAGGUUUAAAUAAAACUGGCAAUAUUGCCCCUAAAAUUCAGUGGAGUCAUUUCAAAGACAAUUUAGGUAAAUCAAAUAUACACAAAAAAUGUGGAAUAAAUGAAACUUUCCUCACAUGUACAUACAAUGGAAAAGAAACAUAAUGUGCAAAAAUAGCUUCAUCAUGCUUUUUCACUCAUUUGUGUCAGUAAUGGAAUUACUAUGAAUAAAAAGAGAAGCAUCCACAUUGCCCAGGUGUAAAAGUGAUGGUUUAGCACUGCAAAUGAAACUGGUGGAGCAAAAUUUCUUCCAGAAGCUGAGCUUGAUCCUUGUAUAAAAAAUAUUUUUCUGGCAAUCUAUGGAAGAUAUGGAAAAUUUUUCCUGUUCAGUUUGCAGUAUGGUGCCCCAUAUUCUCCCAUUUUACAGUUUUGCUUUUAAUACCUGUCUAACUUAUCUUUUGGAGUUGAUCCUUCCUGAACAUCUAACCACCGAUCGGAAUUCCUUGGUUUCACUGGUACUGCAGUUUCAUGAAAUACCUCUCUCCUCAUGGUUCAUACAGCAUGACAUUUUACCUAACAGUGCCAAUACUGUGAAUGUGAAACUGCUGUUGAAAACAAAAUCAAAUGCUCUGUUCUUGAAGAUACUUGAACCUUUUAUUGGCAGUAUCUGUAGUUUGUGAGCAUUCACUUCUUGUUGUACAACCAGUCACCUCAGGCAUAGUUAGACGUCUUAGUCUCUUAGCAUUUUUUGGCGCUCACACACACACACACACACACACACACACACACACACGUAUAUCAGUAACUAUCUUCUGAACAAAUUGUAGAAGUAAUUCUCAACAACACAAGAUGCUUGUUUAUUAACCACACACAGAUGGUGAGAAAAAUGCAAAAUGCAUUUUACCUUUUAAGCAUGAGCAUUAAGUUCAGAUCACAGUGCACAACGAACAAAAUUAACCCUUUUCCCAUUGCCAACCACUCUAGGGUUAAAUAAUGUCCAAAUUGAACUUUUAAGAUCUGUAUCACUCUCUGUGUUUCUGUACUCACUACUGAUUAAUUUUUCCCGGUACUUCACAUUUUCUUGACAUGCUGUCUUACAAACAAUGUUUAUUUUCUGCACUUUUCUACCAUGAUAACAAAAGAAUAAAAUAGAAAAGUUGGUGAUAGUGAUAAUGUGAACUGCUCUACACACUACACAUCACUGAUCAACACAGCACUGCCCCUACUCACUGUAUAUAUAUUGCAGUUUAAAAUAACCAUCACUGCUGCAACCAGCCCAUGGUGCACCAGUGAUUUUACGGAGUACAGCCUAUCAUGUGUGAUGAGAUCAUGGGCUCGUUUCAUCUGAAACUGUUGUGAACCAGUUUGCAGCACUGGGGAAGUUGCCCUUAGGCUGGGCCUCUGUGCAUAACUCUAUUCUGCAGCUAGAUUGUUUUGAUCAAUUGCCAAUGAAUUUGAGUUUCUGUCUGUUCACAACACUCCUUAACAGCAAUAUGUGAUGUAGAGAACAGUUUUAUGGCCAUGUCCAGUCUUAAUAAGUGGCACUGGGAAAACUGAAAAACUGAUAAAUGGAAUGAAAAAGUUUAAAUUAAGUAGUAAUGGUACUUAUUGUUAGAACAGUGCUUCUUAAUUGAAGUGCAGUGAAGUGGCUAUUGAGCACUAACAAGGGUAGCACUUUGAAACUCAACUUUUUUUUUUGGCACAUAGCAUACAAAAUCCACUGGCUUUCAUAAAUGGACACAAGUUUUUCCUAAUGACAAGUAAAGAAUUGAAUUCUAUUGUUGUUGUUGUUGGUGGUGUUGGUGGUGGUGGUGAUAAUGAUGUGAUACUGAUUAUUUCAUUAAUUGUUAUUGGACAUUAUAGUCCAGAAGGAAGAAUUCUUAUGUCUCGUAUUUUAUCAAACACUGAGUAAAUCUGUUUACUAUCAAAAUUGUUAGUAUUUAUGCUUUUCAAUGUAAGGAAACCUUUUGCAUAUCGUCAUUUGGUCAUUGUGCAUAAUUUUUUGGCAAUACUUUUUUUACUGUGAAGAGUUUUUUUCAUUACUUCCAAGACUAACAGGCCUGAUUGUGAUCAGACUUAAAAUUAGAACUUUCUAACAGGGCUGAAACUUUUCCCUAACACUGAGUAAAUUUUAGAGAUAAAUUUCUUUUGGGGCCCAAGUGCAUGUCAGUAGGCCUGCCACGUACAAGGCCAGUCUCAGUAUACAGGCAGAUGAACAAAAUGUAUUUUGUUUUACCUGUGAAACACAGACUUAUACUAGAAUGAAAAGGUGCAGAAUAUGAAGAAUGUGUUACUAUUCUGGCAUACAUUUACAUUGAUGGAUGCCUUGUUAUUUACUUGCAACAGCAAUGUCUUUUGGCUUUCAUUAAACGUGUGCUUAUUCAGUCAGUCAUUGCAAUUUCACAAGUUGCCUGUCACCUAAAUUAACCAACUGUUGGAACACUGACUUAUGACGCACAGAUUCCAUUUCUCCCAGUUUUUUUUCAGUGAAAUUUCAAGUGUACAUCUGUGUUACCUUUGCAAGUAGAAAUGUCCAAGAUCCUUUUACAAUAGAAAUCUAAAUACCAGAUCAUUCUGCUUCAAGAAACACAAAUGAAGGCUACUUCUUUGCAAAGAGAAUGUCACACACAUUUACUAUGAAUGCACCACUGUGUGUGGGAAUCUCUCUGUAAAACAAAUCAUGUGGUUGAAUGCCCAUUGUCUUCAUCAUGCUGCCAGUUACUCAUAUUGUACAACAAGGCAUCUGUUGUUUCCUUACAUAGAUCCAGUAAUAGAUAAUUUUUAUUUGGGUGCGGCUGGCCAAAACUAUGUUUGGCCUGCAAACUUUCAUCUCUGCAAACAAAAUCAACUUACUGACAAUACAGUUUCGGUUUUAGUUAGCAACAGAAGACCCUCUACAAUGAGUGUCAAACUUUGCAUUCAUUAUGCAUUAUAUACAUGACUUUUAUAAUGUCAGACAGUAGUCAUAAAAACCUGAUUAGGAAUGUACACAGCAUAGUGUAUUCAGUGAAUAGCCACACAUACCUUAAUCUUAUAGUGGUCACCUAGACAGAUAUUUAUUAUAAAUUCUGCUAUUCAAAACUAAUCGUGUGUACAAGUCAGUCUAGUUUUGCUUAACACGAUAACUUCCACUAUACUCAAAGUAACUAUUUAUUUAUCAGAAUCACUUGUCAAACAAUAUUUUGUACCCCAAGUUUCAUAUGAUGGUGGGGCACAUUCAUUGUUCAUACUUGUAAGAGUGCUGCAACCAUAGAACAUUGCCAUCCCUUCACCUGAGUAUGCACAAAAGUUAUACUGCAAAAUGCUUUCCACUCUUCUUACUUCUACAAAAAUAUAUUCUGAUUUUGACUGUUUCACAACUACAGCAAAAUCAGUAGGAAGGCUUUCAGUCCUUGGAUGCAGGCCAAUCUCCAGCCUGUUUAUGCAGAAGAAACCAGUAGUUCUGUGGGGUAUUGCUAUAAGUAAUAUUUAAUUAGCCUGCCCUACAACAGUAAUGGAAUCAUCAUUAUUUGAAAAUUGUGUUUAAUUGAUGAUGCAAUAUGAGCUGUAAUCUUGUAUAAGUUGUAAUACAAAACUGUAAUUCAAUAAACUGUAAACAAGUUUAUUCCUGUAUCUUGUUCGUAUUAUUGUAAGCACCAAAUAAGAUGUUUACUGCUCUUUGGAAAUGAGUAUCCUCUCCUAUGCUGCUCAUAAUUUUAAUGUCAUAGAAAUUGAAAUUCAGAGAUCUCUGAUAAGUGAAGUUAAAUCUAUCUUGUACUAUGUCUAGUUUGUGUUUUAAUGUAAAAUUCAUAUCUUGAAGCAUUUUUCUUUGUACUGCAGACUUAAUCUAAGAAGUUUAGUUUUUA